UUUUCAUGUCCCGACAGUGAGUUGAGGAGCUGUGAUUGUGUUAUAGGAUUUAUUUGGCAUAGGCUUUAGCCAGACAGUAGCCUGCGAGUUAAACCGUCAAUUUGACAACUGUUGUGGACAUUAUAAUAUCGAGGUGAUUAGAGUACAUACCUUUUUUACCGCCAAGAUGUCCAUGCUGCGCUGCUCGCGCCCUCGGCUGCCACUAUCAGCAGCAGCAGGCCCGCGACCGAUCAUCGACAUCAUCCUCACCUUGAUGAUUUGCUCAACAUCCCAAGUAUCGGAGGGUGGAGCUAUUACAAGUUGGGAGACUGCGGACUACCUUUUCAGUGAGGAUGCCACCUGUCCUGAUACAGUCAGGAUAUUUGAGAGUGGGGACUAUGCUGAGAACAGGCUGACAGUUUUUCACAGCUUCUAUCUAGCUGCCUGUGAGAAAUGCCACAGUGUCAAGUCGGUGUGCAUCGGUCAUUAUGUGCUGCCUCCAGUCUCUGUCCAGGAGGGUAAGUAG